AUGACCAAGCCCUCUGGGCUGAUUAGACGCCGCCGCGUCGAUCAUGCAAAUGUUGCGCAGCAGGCAGUGACUCACUGGGAUGCACUAAAACUAUACACUUCGGACCCUGUGCCGCAAACUCCCCGGGAUGACCUGGGACUCGCAUUGACUGCGGCUUCAUUGAUCCUUGAUCUCCCUGAUGUCCUGAAUGCACAGUGCCGUGCCCGGCCUCCGGUCCGUGCUGCUUCGACUGCUCCUCGGUGA